AUGAGCAAUUCCACAGGUGUCGCUGAAAACAUGCUCUGGGGAGGCCGCUUCACCCAGGGCCUGGAUCCCCUAAUGGUGCAGUACAACACAUCUCUGCCUUAUGACCGCGUAUUCUGGAAGCAAGAUAUCGCCGGUUCCAUUGCCUUCGCCCGCGCCAACACCAACUCCGGACUCCUCACGCCGCAAGAAUUCGCCGAGAUCGAGCGCGGCUUCAAGCAGAUCGCCCAGGAAUGGGAAACCAACUCCUUCGUCGCCAAGGAGAAUGACGAAGACAUUCACACCGCCAACGAGCGCCGUCUCGGCGAGAUCAUCGGCAAGGAAAUCGGUGGUAAGCUGCACACUGGCCGGUCGCGCAACGAGCAGAUCGCCACCGAUAUGCGUCUGUGGCUCCGCGAUGAGCUCCGUCUCAUUGACGAGCACCUCUGCAACCUGAUCAAGGUCUCUAUUGCCCGUGCCGAAAACGAUAUCGCCUACCUCAUGCCCGGCUACACCCACUUGCAAAAGGCCCAGCCUGUCCGCUGGUCCCACUGGAUUCUGUCACACGCUACUGCCUUUGCUAGCGAGCUGCAGCGUCUGCGCGAGGUUAUCCGUCGUGUUAACAAGAGCCCCCUUGGCACCGGUGCCCUUGCCGGUAACUGCUUCAACAUUGACCGUGAGGCCAUGGCUAAGGAGCUUGGCUUCGACGGUUUGCUGUACAACUCUAUGAACGCUGUCGCGGACCGUGACUUCGCCAUGGAGACUAUGCAGUGGGGAAGCUCUUUCAUGCUCAAGAUCUCCCGCUGGGCCGAGGAUCUGAUCAUCUACAGCAGUCUGGAGUUCGGCUUUGUCCGUCUGUCAGAUGCUUACUCUACUGGAUCUUCUCUCAUGCCCCAGAAGAAGAACGCAGACAGCCUGGAGCUGCUCCGCGGUAAGGCUGGCCGUGCCUUCGGUCAAAUGGCUGGCCUGAUGUGCACAAUCAAGGGCUUGCCCACCACUUACAACAAGGAUCUGCAGGAGAGCGUUGAGCCCAUGCUCGACCACAUCAAGACUGUCAGCGACAGCAUCCAGAUCGGAACCGGUGUCCUUUCCACUCUUACCGUCAUCCCCGACAAGAUGAUCGCUGCUCUGGCUCCUGAGAUGCUGGCCACCGAGAUUGCCGACUACCUCGUCCGCAAGGGCGUUCCUUUCCGUGAGGGCCACCACAUCUCGGGCCGUGUUGUUGCUCUUGCUGAGAACACCAAUGUCCCCAUGGACACUCUUUCUCUGGAGCAGCUCCAGCAGAUCGACGCGCGCUUCGACGCUGAUGUUCAGACCUGCCUUGAUUACGAGCGUGCCGUCGAACUCAAGGACGCUAUUGGUGGAACCAGCAAGCGCGCAGUCUUGGAGCAGAUUGCUGUGCUGAAGAAGUUGCUGUAA